GAGGGAGAGAGAGAGGAGAGAGAGAGGAGAGAGAGAGAGAGAGAGCGGGGAGAGAGAGAGAGAUCGGAGGAGCGCACACACGGCUCAGCUUCCCCAUUGCAGCCGCGACAGGCAGCGAGAGAGGAAGCGCGGAUCGGAGGCUUUGGGGGGGUAAUGACGUGGGCUCGCCGUCCCCGCGGCUGACUGAUCGACACGCACUCUUUUUCCGACGCGCGCCUGGGAGACCCCCGGCCAGCCAGCACCCGGACAGCGAGAGAGGAGGGGAGCGACCGCAGUCCAGCCUCACAGCCGACCGCCGAGAAGAGAGAGAGAGAGAGAGAGAGAGAGAGAGAAGAGAGAGAGAGAGAGAGAGCGGCGGAGGAAUCAUCCCGUGGGACCGCGGCUGCCCGUCACCCCGGGACACUUCACUUGGUCCAGGAUACUCAUCCUAGGUGGCUGAGAGGUGCAGCACGACUCCUCACUUUGGAGGGAGAGGGAGAGAGAGGAAGGGAUCAUUUCACUCGCGCUAGAACCAGUCCUGAGCUUGUUCUUGGGGGAACCCUCAGCCGGUCACUUAGCAACCACCGAUGCAUUGUGGGAGCGCCAUGCCACCGAGGAGCUCAUUGGUUGGCCUGGCCUUGGUUGCCCUGGGCGUCCUUGGCAACACAGUCCACGGGGAGGGGCUGGUGAGGACCGCCCGCGUCAGACGGCAGGCUCUGGACGGGGACGUCGCCCCGGGCAACCAGACGUCGAAGGACCAGCCAAUGAUCUUCAACCACGUCUACAACAUCAACGUGCCCCUGGAGUCCCUGUGCUCCGUGGACCUGGAGUCGGCCCCCGGGCGAGGGGGCGGGGGGGCCGCCCCGGGCGAGACCGCGCCCCCCGUCUCCGAGUACGUGGAGCAGACGUCCGACCUGGACAGCCAGGUCACCUUCACCCACCGCAUCAACAUCCCCAAACAGGCCUGCGCCUGUCCCGCGGCCAGCACGGUGCAGCAGCUGGCCAGCCGGAUCGAGAUGCUGGAGCGCGAGGUGUCCCUGCUCCGGGCCCAGUGCGGGGCCGGGUGCUGCGGAGAGAGCGCCGCCAUUGGCCGGCUGGACUUCGUCCCGCACUGCGGCGGCCACGGCAGCUUCAGCAUGGACGCGUGCGGCUGCGUGUGCGACGAGGGCUGGGCCGGCAAGAACUGCUCCGAGCCCCGUUGCCCCGGCGACUGCUCCGGCCAGGGCGUGUGCGUGGAGGGCGAGUGCGUCUGCGACCGCGACUUCGGCGGGGACAACUGCUCGGAGGCCCGUUGCCCCGGCGACUGCUCGGGGCGGGGCCUGUGCAUCGACGGCGAGUGCGUGUGCGAGGAGGCGUACGCGGGCGAGGACUGCUCCUCGGGACGCUGCCUCAACGACUGCUCCGACCAGGGCUUCUGCGUCAACGGCACCUGCCGGUGCCGCCCGGGCUACGCCGGGGACGACUGCUCCUUCGCCACCUGCGCCAACAACUGCAGCCAGAAGGGCACCUGCAGGAGGGGCAUGUGCGCCUGCCAGGAGGGAUUCGGAGGGGACGACUGCUCUUCUGUGGCCCCGCCCACGAACCUGCGCGUACGCGGGGUCACGGAGCGCACCAUCGACCUGGAGUGGGAGGGCUCCGCGGUGCUGACGGACUACCUGGUCACCUACGCCCCCGCCAGCCCCGGCGGCGUGCAGCUGGACGUCAGGGUGCCCGGCAACGUCACCAGCUGCACCGUCGGCGAGCUGGAGCCGGGCAUCGAGUACAACGUCAACGUCUACGCCGUGCUCGACAAGGUCAUCAGCGCGCCCGCCAGCACCCAGGUCUCCACGUAUCUCUCCAAUCCGGACGGCUUACUCUUCAAAUCCAUCACUGAGACGUCCGUGGAGGUUCAGUGGGAGCCCUUCUCCUACUCGUUUGAUGGCUGGGAAAUUAGCUUCAUUCCAAAGGAUAAUGAAGGGGGCAUGACAGCCCAGCUGCCCAGCACCAUAACCUCCUUCAACCAGACAGGCCUGAGGCCCGGGGAGGAGUACACCGUCAACCUGGUGGCCCUGAAGGACCAGGGGCGGAGCCAGCCCGUGACCGCCACCGUCGCCACACUGAUCGACGGGCCGAGCAACCUGGUCGUGCGCGACGUCUCGGACACGGUGGCGUUCGUGGAGUGGGCGCCGCCCAAGGCCAAGGUGGACCAGAUCGUCCUGCGCUACCGGCUCCUGGGCGCCCCGGGGGAGGGGCCCCGCACCACCUUCCGGCUGCAGCCCGCGCUCAGCCAGUACUCGCUGCAGGUGCUGCGGCCCGGCUCGCGCUACGAGGUGUCCGUCAGCGGCGUUCGCCGCGGCAACGAGAGCGACGCCGUCUCCGCGGAGUUCACUACCGUUCUGUCGUUCUUCUCAGAGCUCGACGCGCCCAAGAACCUGCGGGUGCUGUCGCGGACGUCCACGGCGCUGGAGGUGGAGUGGGACAACAGCGAGGCGGAGGCGGAGCUGUACCAGGUGGUGUACAGCACGCUCGCCGGCGACCAGUACGACAAGAUCAUCGUCCCGCGCAACGCCGGCCCCACCACCAAGACCACGCUCACAGACCUGAUGCCUGGGACGGAGUAUGGAAUCGGAAUAUCUGCGCUCCUGGGGGGUAACCAGAGUUCCCCAGCAACAAUGAACGCUAGGACAGGUCUGGACGUUCCCAUGGACCUGACGGUGACGGCCUCCACCGACAACAGCAUCUCCCUGCUGUGGGGGCUGGUCCAGGGCCCCAUCGACCACUACAAGAUCACCUACACCUCCUCCGCCGGCGUGACCACGGAGGUGACCGUGCCCAAAGAGCGGUCGGCCAUCACCCUGAGCGAGCUGGAGCCCAGCACCGAGUACACCAUCACCGUGGCGGCCCAGCGCGGCAGGCAACAGAGUGCGGCCACCACCAUCGACGCCUUCACAGGGUUCCGCCCGGUCACGCAGCUCUACUUCUCCGACGUGACCUCGUACUCGCUGACGGUGGCCUGGAGCUCGCCGGCGCCCCCCGCCGACAUGUUCAUCCUCAACUACAGCCCCCAGGACGGCGGGGACACCCUGGAGGUGACGCUGGAGGGCUCCAAGACCCAGGCCACGCUCAGCGGCCUGCUGCCCUCCACCCUGUACACGGUCACCCUCAUCACCGUGCAGGGCGACGUGACCUACGAGCCCGUCACCGGCUCGGCCGUCACAGGUAUGGACCCUCCUCGGGAGGUUAUCGUGUCCUCCGUCACCGAAGACUCCGUCACCAUCUCGUGGAGCCAUCCCAUCGCCCGAUUCGACUACUACAAGAUGUCUUACCAGUCGGCUCGAGGAAGGGUGGACAGCGUGGUGAUCGACAACGACGUGACCAACUACACCCUGAGCAGCCUCCACCCGGCCACCGAGUACGAGAUCGGCCUGAACGCCGUGCGAGGAAGCCAGGAGAGCGAGGUCGUCACCACCAGCGUCUUCACGGCCAUGGACAUGCCGAUGGACCUGAUGACCUUGAACAUCACCCCCCAGGGGGCUCUCCUGAGGUGGACGCCCCCUCUGUCCAGCGUGGAUAACUACGUGCUCACGCUCACGCGCAACCAGGGUUCUCCCGGCGACCUGCGGCUGACCUUUCCGUCCUCCGCGGUAGCCGCGGAAACCAUCCUGGUGGAGGGCAACCGUCAGGAGCACCAGCUGAGCCGCCUCCUCCCCAGCACCAGCUACUCUGUGGCCCUGUACGCCACCAAGGGGCCCCUCACCAGCGGCACCGUCAUCGCCAACUUCGCCACGCCCAUGGACGCGCCCAAAAACCUGACGGCCAGCGAGGUGAACCACCGGAGCGCCCUCAUUUCCUGGCUGCCCCCCAUCGCCGACAUCGACAACUACAUGCUGACGUACAAGUCCGCCGACGGCAACCGCAAGGAGCUGAUCCUGGAUGCCGAGGACACCUGGAUCCGGCUGGAGGGCCUAGCGGAGACCACGGAGUACACCAUCAGGCUGCAGGCCGCCCGCGGCCUGGAGACCAGCGCCAUCGUCUCCGCCUCCUUCUCCACAGGAAACCGCCUUUUCGCUACGCCCCAGAACUGCGCCCAGCACCUCCUCAACGGGGAGUCACUCAGCGGCGUCUACACCAUCUAUGUGAACCGGGACCCCAGCCAGGGCGUGCAGGUUUACUGCGACAUGACCACCGACGGGGGGGGCUGGAUCGUCUUCCAGAGACGCCAGAAUGGCUUGACAAACUUCUCAAGGAACUGGACUGACUACAGGGUUGGCUUUGGCAACCUUGAAGAUGAGUUUUGGCUCGGCUUGGACAACAUCCAGAGAAUCGCCGGACAAGGACGCUACGAGCUCAGGAUCGACCUGAGGGACGGCCAGGAGGCCGUCUACGCCACCUACGACAAGUUCACCAUCGGAGACGCCAGGAACGCCUACAAACUCAGAAUAGGAGAGUACAACGGCACAGCAGGCGACUCGCUGACCUACCACCAGGGCCGGCCCUUCUCCACCAAGGACAGGGACAAUGACAUCGCCGUCACCAACUGCGCCGCGUCGUACAAAGGGGCCUGGUGGUACAAGAACUGCCACCGGGCCAACCUCAACGGCAAAUACGGGGAGUCCAGACACAGCAUGGGUAUCAACUGGUACCACUGGAAAGGCCAUGAGUUCUCCAUCCCCUUUGUGGAGAUGAAGAUGAGGCCUUUCAACUACCGCAGCAUCAGUGGCAAACGGAGGAGGUCCACCGUUCUAUAAUUACCCCGCCCCCGCCCCGCCCUGCCCUACCCUGUCCUCUGCCCCUGGGUCCCGCUAGCUGUUCCUAUUUUUACACAACGAGGAAGGUGCCGAGCUGUGUACCUUAUCCAAUAAAGAGGAUGCAUACACAAGAUGGUCUUACUGUAGGAAACGUCUCCAGAGACAGGGAAGUAAACCAAGCUGGUUUCAACACCAAUUUCUUUUAAGUCGUAUAUGCUCCAUUGCAGA